UGCCUGCAUAUCGCAUAUAUUGAAUAUUUCGUCGGCAACUUCGUUCAAUAUUUUAUACAUUUGCUUGCUUGUUUUUUUCAGUCUUACAUUGUCGUUCGUUUGUGUUAACAACGCGUUUGUUGCUAGCAAUAAUUCUGCGAUAACAAUUGUUGGAGUUGAUUUUUUGAGUUUUAGGAUUGAUAUAGCGAUAUUAAUUUAGAAAAUAUAUAAAAAUGUCAAAUUCAAAUGAUUCCAAACCGGACAAUUAUCAAAUAAAUGCAAAAAUUUGCGGUUUAGUGGAGAAAUAUCCGUGCAUGUAUGAUCGUUCGCAUCCGCAUUAUUUGAAAAAAGAUGUUGUUGACAAGGCCUGGAUAAAAAUUGCCAAAGAAAUGGAGGAUUCAAUUUCGUCUUGCAAAGAACGUUGGCGCAACAUACGCACGUCAUUUGCACGCUCAAUAAAUGUCAAUAAGGUGCCUGCAAGUGCGAAUCGCACCAAGCCAUAUUACCUACACGAGGAGCUACAGUUUCUGGCUAAACAUAUAACACCUGGUAUACCAGUAUCACGCCGUUCGAAUGCCUCAUACUAUGCAUUCGGUGAGGAGGCUGAAAUAGUGGAAGUGUCAGUUGGUGAAGAAUCGUUUGAUGGUUUUGCUGCUAUGAUACACGAUGAAGAAGAGUCACAGGGUUUACAAAGUAGCACCGACGAAACAAAUGAUUGCAGUAAAUUAGAACUUAAAGCAAAUGUGAACAUUUUACCACAACAUUCACCACAACAAUUAACACAGCAAAUACCGCAACAGUUACCCCAACAGUUAACUGAACAAUUGUCGCAGCAGUUACCUCAACCUACACCACAACAGCUGCCACUCCCACAACUGCCGCCGCAAAUUCAGGCAGCGGUACAGCAAUCAGUGCCAACGUUACCUCCACUUUCACAAUUACAAUUUCGGCAAUCCAUAAUGGAAGACGAACAUGAAGCUGAGGCAACACCUGUUUUACCAAUGUAUCCACUCAAGAAAAGGUUACGUGUUAUGGAACCAAUCAUUCCAGAAGUUGAACGUGAUAUAAAGCCUGCUGAGUUAUCCACUGAUACCGAUUUUGAUGCAAUUUUUCUACAAGGUUUAUUACCCGAAAUGAAAGCUAUGGACUUUCGUCAGAAAAUACAAUUCAAACGUCGCAUUUAUGAAGUUAUUGGUGAAAUCUUUGAAAAUGCACCACACACCACUAGCACCAGCACUAAUGCCGUUGCUAGCACAAGCAAUAAAAUAUCACCAACUACAACCAGUCAAUUAAAUUCAGUUAACAUUCCUCAACCAUCAGUCAAUAAUAGUGAUUUAUCCGUAUUACGUCAGCUAAGCAGAUUAAUUCAAAAUGCUGAACAUAGUGUCAACAAUGUCACAGUACCAAAAAGUGUUCCAUCUAUUUCAUCAACGGUACGUUCUAAUACGCCAGCUACUGCAACAGUUGCGGUACAUCGCGGUGCAGUUACAAGAUCAGGCUCAAGUUUAUUACGUGUUACUAUGGUUAAUCCACAACAGGCAUCUUCGUCAACAUACACCACAACCAAUUCC